GCUUGCCGUACUUGCGGUGACAUCUGGGUAAAACUGUCAAAGCGGCGGGAGGGCGGCAAUUUAUCGUCAAAUUUUAACACACACAGGCGUCGUUUAACUAGGACUUUGCCGGCAGUGAAAUAUCGGGGACAAAGACACGCGUUCGGUGAACGCAGAGGUGUGUCUCCAGCAGGUCUGUCCCCCACAGCACUGUCCCGCCGUCGAAGCCCUCCCUGGAAACUGGACGUUUGUUUUUAUUAGCCCCGAGUUUAGCGCUCCGGCAACAAUGGCAAAGGUACAAGUGUUGAAUGUGGCCGUCUUAGACAACCCGAGUCCCUUUGGAAACCCUUUCCAGUUUGAAAUCACGUUUGAGUGCAUGGAAGACCUCCCUGAAGACCUGGAAUGGAAGAUCAUCUAUGUCGGUUCAGCAGAGAGCGAGGAGUACGACCAGAUCCUGGACUCUGUUUUGGUUGGCCCUGUACCUGCUGGCAGACACAUGUUUGUGUUUCAGGCCGAUGCCCCAAACACCGGGCUGAUUCCUGAAAGCGACGCCGUCGGUGUCACCGUAGUUCUAAUUACGUGCACCUAUCGCGGCCAGGAGUUCAUUCGCAUCGGUUACUACGUGAACAACGAAUACACAGACCCAGAGCUUCGCGAAAAUCCUCCAAUCAAGCCGGACUACACACAGCUCCAGAGAAAUAUUCUAGCAUCAAACCCACGUGUCACAAGAUUCCACAUAAACUGGGAAGGCUGCGCAGAGAGAAUGGAAGACUCUGAAAACGUGGAUCCCACGUCAAACCCCAUGCUGCCCCCGUCGUGUCUUCCAGGGAAGGCCCCACCUGUGGGCAUCCUGCCAGAUAACUCUAUGGAUUGCUUAUAGAGAUGCCCAAAAGGUGACGACUGCCAGCAAAUGACCUUAUUUUUAAAGGAUGCCUAUGGACAUUCUGAUUAGGGUGAAGUAAUGUGCAGAUCUCUACCGCUUACUACUUCACUUUUUCCUGAAACGUCCCACCCCCAAAAAACAAACCCUCACUUCUGGCGUUUAUUCCAUUAAGAUUAUGAACUUCUUAAUGGAGUCCAUUGUUCUUUAUGAAGGCAGCAUUCUUGCUAAUAUUUGAAAGCAAUGUGGAAGUGUUAAAAAAAAAAUACAUAGCAGCUAUAAAAUUCUUUGGUUGCGGAGUGAAUUUGUAACUGCUUCGCCCUUACAGCACUGAUGUAUUAGACAUGAACAGGAGUUUGGUAAUCUAAUAAUAUUUGUUUUGUUGAAUUUCAAACUUCAACUUGUCUUGAUGAUAUUUUUGGGGGGCAGGGUCGGAUGGACUUUGUUAGGACUAUUACUUCCUGGUUUUUGUGUGUUUUGUUUCCUGAUUGCAGAUUUGUGUUACAAAUAAAAGAAACAUUGUUAUAUUUC